AUGGAACCUGCUGGCUUGCCCUUGACACCAUCUGCCACUACGGAUGUUCUCUUUCGAAAUGAGUUUUUUAUCAUCAGGCGAUCUCUCAUCGCGGGAUGGGGCGCCUUUGCAGCCAAAGACCUCGAGGCCGGAGACAAAAUUCUCGUCGAAAGACCACUAUUCACUGCCGAUAACAACUCGCUGUACAAGGAAUUCGACAAACUGGACCAGGCAUCGCAGGACAUUGCGCUGGGCCUUCAUGCUAAUAGCCAUUGUAAAUUCCAGAGCAUCAAGGCUGUCUGGACUACAAACUGCUUCUCAACAGGUGUUUGGGAUGAAGCAGGCCUCUUCCCUAUUGCGUCCCGCUUCAAUCACAAAUGUCAUCCGAGACAGGCCGUCAAAUACCACUACAACAAGGCUGGCGAGGUACUUGAGAUGGAAGUCAAGGCAAAGAUUAUCAAAGAAGGCGAGGAGUUGACCAUCUCGUAUGGUUGCGGGCUAACUCCCGCCGAUUUAUUCUAUCGCUAUGGGUUCAGAUGUCGCUGUGGAGGAUGCUCUGGAUGGACAGAAGAGGAUGAGAGAGGAAUGUGGUGA